UUUAUGAUCGGAGGGAUAUAAUAAUAAUAAUAAUAAUAAUAAUAAUAAUAAUAAUAAACUAUUUUGGCGCCAAUUUGGGGAACGACCAGCCCAAACCCUCAAAGUUACCACUCCCUCUCUUCAACUUCACUACUAUCUUCCCCUAAAAAAACUCCCCAAAUUUUCUUCACCUAAAACCCUAAACCUUAAACAUUCAUCAAUGGCGGAAACAAUCUCUCUAAUGGACGUCGACGAACCCGACAACGACAACAUUCCCAGACCUAUCACCAAGCCUAACAAAGGCAAAAACGUCGUCGUUCCCGGCGACGGAAAAUCCGGCCUUUGGGUCGAAAAGUACCGGCCUCAGUCUCUCGCCGACGUUGCUGCACAUCGUGACAUUAUUGAUACAAUUGACAGGUUGACGAGUGAGAAUAAAUUGCCGCAUUUACUGCUUUAUGGACCUCCAGGAACAGGGAAAACGUCGACAAUUUUGGCGGUUGCCAGGAAGUUGUAUGGGAAUCAGUUCCAUAACAUGAUUCUUGAGCUUAAUGCUUCCGAUGAGCGCGGUAUCGAUGUUGUUCGUCAGCAAAUUCAGGAUUUUGCCAGCACCCAAAGUUUCUCCUUUGGUUCAAAGGCACAUGUGAAAUUAGUUUUACUGGAUGAAGCAGAUGCAAUGACAAAGGAUGCACAAUUUGCUUUACGUCGAGUGAUCGAGAAAUACACUAAAAGCACGAGAUUUGCGCUAAUCUGUAACAAUGUAAACAAGGUCAUUUCUGCACUCCAGUCAAGAUGCACACGCUUCCGGUUUGCUCCUCUUGAUUCUAUCCAUGUCAGUGAGCGGCUUAAACAUGUCAUUGAGGCUGAAGGGCUUGAUGUAACGGAGUCGGGCUUAGCUGCACUAGUGCGAUUGAGUACUGGGGAUAUGCGAAAGGCUUUGAACAUUUUGCAGUCAACACACAUGGCAUCACCGCAAAUAACAGAAGAAGCAGUUUACCUGUGCACUGGAAAUCCUCUGCCGAAAGAUAUUGAACAAAUAUCACAUUGGCUUCUCAAUGAGACUUUUGCUACUAGCUUCAGCCGAAUAUCUGAAAUUAAGACCCGAAAAGGAUUAGCUUUGGUGGACAUCAUAAGAGAAGUAACAAUGUUUGUUUUUAGAAUCAAAAUGCCGGCAGAUGUUCGAGUUCAACUGAUUAAUGAUAUGGCUGAUAUAGAGUAUGUGCUGUUGCAUCUCUUUUCUUUUCUUUUUGUUUUUUUUUUUUCUUUUUUGUUUUUCUUUUUCUUUUCAAUAAUUGUUACAUCUUAUGAGCAUCAUGGUAUAUUUAAGUUGACACUUAAUUUGUUUUUAGUGUUUUCUUAAAAUGGUUGAUUGUAAUGCCCACAUGAAUGAUUGGUUAUUGAAGAUUGUCUGAAGUAUUGUAGCAUGGAAUCUACGUGAUUGUAGAUUUGUAGCCCUUAAUACAAUCCUAAAGGAUUAUUAAGUGCAUUGGAAUUUAGUGACCAAGUUUGCUGACUAAUUAGGUGCUUGGAGGGGUUUAUGAAUUUUCUUAAGUCCCGCAUGCCUUUUUCUAUAGGACACUAAAAAUCACUGUGUACCGACCUCUACUCCUGCCUUGGCAAUGGAAUCCUAGCCCCAGACCCAAGCCUACCAGAGGUUUUUUUUUUAUUUUUUAUUUAUUUUUUUACUUGUGGUCAUGAUAGGGACAGAAGGCUAACCACCCAUGUAAGCAAUGACUAUUGACUAGUGACCCAGAACAAAGAUGACUGUAAUGAAAGUCGACAAGAAGAUGGAAAACCAUGAAAAAGUUGAAGCUAGCAAAUUGUCAAUAAUCCCGCAAGCGAAGAACUCAGAUCUUUAAACCUAGUUUGACUCUGACAAAAGAACUGUGUGAUGACUGGAUAUUGGGGGAGAUGCCUCACAUAAGGAACACCUGCACUUCUAGAAUUCAUGAAUUCAGCAACUAGGGCCAAGUAGAACUGUAGAAGAGAAGAGUUUUUGAAGAGGAUUGAGCAAAGAUUAGAGAUUAUCAAAUAUGAUCCAAAACCCAAAAACAAAAUUAAAAUUGAGGACAUUUGACUAGUGGAGGCAUAUAGGGGACAAUAUUAACAAAAUGAAGAUUAGAGUUAAGCGAUAAGAGUAUAAGAUUGAAGUAUCAUAAAAAGGCGGAGAAAAUGUUUUAUACUAGAAAGGUGGUCACUAGAGACUUAUAUUGCUUAUUAUUUGAGGAUUAUAAUUUUUAAGAGAGUUGGCAGUCUUUCAAGAACCCCCCUCCCAAUACAUACUUAACUGAACUUGGGUGGUUCUUUGGGAAAAUAAGAGUUUCUCUUACAUAGGUGUUGUGCAGGUGUAGUUUGAUUGUUGGUCUGUUCAAGUUCAUGGAUUUUGCAUUCGCACCUUAAUAAAGUUUUUCAGUAUUUGUUCACUAGAGGGAAGCAUUUUUUCCCUCCCACUUAAUUUCUGUGACCCUCUUGCAGUCUUGCCAAUUGUAAGGUUUUUCCAUUUUUGGUA